AUGAACACCAUCCGCCAAAUCAAAGAACUCAACAAGCGCGAGCUCGAAGCCGGAAUCACCCCCGAAGGCUCCUGGCACGCCGACUACCGCGACACUGCCUACAUCUUCAUCGGUGGACUCCCUUUCGAGGUCUCCGAAGGUGACAUCAUCACCAUCUUCUCACAAUAUGGCGAACCCGUCUUCAUCAACUUGGUUCGUGACAAGGAAACUGGCAAGAGCAAGGGUUUUGCGUUUCUGAAGUAUGAAGAUCAGAGAAGUACCGAUUUGGCGGUGGAUAAUAUGGGAGGUGCUGUGGUUCUCGGCCGAACGCUGAGAGUCGAUCAUACGAGGUAUAAGAAGAAGGAUGAUGAGGAGUUGGCAGAUAAUACUAUGGCUGCCACCCAGCCCGUGGACGAAGAUGCCAUGGAUGUGGACGAUGACAGGAAAUCACGGCAUAAGCACGGUCGUCGG